AUGGCUGCUCUGGCAUUUGAAGUGUCUGGAAGGAAGCCUCACUCCUUGCCUGGCGUCAGCGUGGUGAUUGCUGAUGUGCUCUUCAGCACUGUGGCUCUUUUCCUCAUCCAAGGAGUGUUUGUGAGUCUCUUCCUCAUCCGUCGUGUUGGCCAGCUGGUUAGUCUCCUGCACGUGUCCCCUUUCUACUCACUGUACUGCUUUGAAUGUUGCCAGUUCAGAAGAGGACGUGGAAUGUUCCAGCAGUUAUCAAACAUUGAAGGGAACUGGCCUUACCACUUUGGACUCGGUUUCCCCUUGGCUUUCCUCACAGCAGAACAGACCUUGUGCGUUCUCAGUAGUCGCCUCCUCUGUGUCCUGUUUCCUGUGGGCAUUAGCACCAGUGAAGUAAAGACGCCUGGGAAAACGUGCUUCACCAGUCGCACCUCCUCCCGUGGUCUUCUUAAGCCGUGACUGCCUCACGAGGCAGGCUUCUUGCAGUCCUCGCUGAGCAGCUCAGCCCCUGCAGACACAUUUCCUCCCCCACAUUCAUCUCCUGCCGCCCUGAGGGCCACCGCAGACCGCCCAGUCACCCGCCGUCCAAAGUGGGGUCAGGAGGAGGCGGUGGCAGCUCUUUGCCAGUUUCCCCCUCCCCACACUCAGGAAAGGCAAGAUCACUCUACCAAAGGCCCCCUGCAUUUUUCCUUUGCUCUCUGA